UCAUUGACUCUAUUUGAAAUGUAGUCAGCUCUGGACAACAGUGCAUUUAUAGGCUUUGAUUUUUCCUGGCAACAUUGAUGGUUUUUCAGUAGUACCAACCCAUUUUGAAACAUGGGUCUUCCUCACAAAGCAGUUGUGUUGAUGAGUGGGAAAACUGUGACCCUCUGGAGCCACAGGGGAUGAAAUCCUAGCCCUUGUUGGAAGCAAAGGCAGCAUUCCCAGGGUUCAGAAUGUCACUGGGAGUGUUUUUGGCCUCUCUACUGUGAGCUGGAAACCCUCUGGGGAUGGGAUCUGUAUUCGUGCAUUGCCUUGUACAAAGAAUGCCUGAAUUUGUUGGCCUCCGGGCGCUGCAGAAAAGCAAAUGUUAAAUAAGUUGUCCUGUGAGCAGUGGAAGUGAUGGAACUCUGGUGCCUUUGGGUUCUCUGGUGUCUGGUAAAGGGGGGUGGAGGGAAACGCAAAGGCAAAAGCAAAAAGUGGAAGGAAAUCUUGAAAUUCCCUCACAUUAGCCAGUGUGAAGAUCUCCGAAGAACAAUAGAGAGAGAUUACUGCAGCAUAUGUGAAAAGCAGCCGAUCGGAAGGCUUCUCUUCAGGCAGUUCUGUGAAACUCGACCCGAGCUCGAGUGCUGCAUUAGGUUCCUUGACUCAGUGGCAGAGUAUGAAAUUGCUCCAGAUGAAAAGCUGGGAGAGAAAGGAAAGGAAAUCAUGAUGAAAUACCUCACCCCAGAGUCUCCAGCCUGCGUUCCUGAAGUCAGUCAAGAUCUUAUCCAACAGACAGAGGAGAAACUCGAAAACAGCCCCUGCAAAGAGCUAUUCUCUCACUGUACAAAAUCUGUCCUUGACCACCUCAGUGGGGAGCCAUUCCAAGAGUACCUGAACAGCAUGUACUUCGACAGGUUUCUCCAGUGGAAGUGGUUGGAAAGGCAACCAGUAACAAAAAACACAUUUCGGCAGUACAGGGUACUGGGGAAAGGCGGCUUUGGGGAGGUCUGCGCUUGCCAAGUGCGAGCGACAGGGAAGAUGUACGCCUGCAAGAGGUUAGAGAAGAAGAGAAUAAAGAAGAGGAAAGGCGAAUCCAUGGCACUAAAUGAAAAACAGAUUUUGGAAAAAGUCAAUAGUCAGUUUGUAGUCAAUUUAGCCUAUGCCUAUGAAACAAAGGAUGCAUUGUGUUUAGUUCUGACCAUUAUGAAUGGAGGUGACCUGAAGUUUCAUAUCUACAACAUGGGAAACCCAGGCUUUGAGGAGGAAAGAGCUUUGUUUUAUGCAGCAGAGAUUCUUUGUGGCUUAGAAGACCUACACAGAGAAAAUACUGUAUACAGAGAUUUGAAGCCAGAAAAUAUCCUGCUAGAUGAUUAUGGCCAUAUUAGAAUAUCUGAUUUGGGUCUAGCUGUUAAAAUCCCUGAGGGUGAAUCAAUCCGUGGAAGAGUAGGAACAGUAGGGUAUAUGGCUCCUGAAGUGUUGAACAACCAGAGAUACACACUCAGCCCUGACUACUGGGGGCUAGGCUGUCUCAUUUAUGAAAUGAUUGCUGGGCAAUCACCAUUCCGUGGGAGAAAAGAGAAGGUGAAGAGGGAAGAAGUGGACAGGAGAGUGCUGGAGACAGAAGAGGUGUACUCCCAUAAGUUUUCUGAGGAGGCCAAGUCCAUCUGUAAAAUGCUCCUCGCCAAGGAUGUGAAGCAGCGGCUAGGAUGUCAAGGGGAAGGCGCAGCAGAAGUGAAGAGGCACCCCUUUUUCAAGAGCAUGAAUUUCAAGCGGUUAGAAGCAGGAAUGCUGGAUCCUCCCUUUGUCCCUGAUCCCAGAGCAGUAUACUGCAAGGAUGUGUUAGACAUCGAGCAAUUCUCCACAGUGAAAGGAGUUAACCUGGACCAAACAGAUGAUGAUUUCUAUUCCAAGUUUUCCACAGGAUCAGUGUCUAUUCCAUGGCAAAAUGAGAUGAUAGAAACAGAGUGUUUCAAAGAACUGAAUGUAUUUGGACCAAAUGGUACUAUUUCACCAGACCUAAACAAAAGCUACCCCCCAGAGCCACCCAAGAAAGGAUUGCUACAGAGAAUAUUUAAACGACAGCAUCAGAACAAUUCAAAGAGUUCUUCAAAUUCAAAGGCCAGCUUAAAUCACCACAUAAAUUCAAAUCACGUAAGUUCAAACUCCACCGGAAGCAGCUAGUUCCGAUUCAGUUUUAUGAAACAACAUGUUGCAUCCUUCCACUAUAAUCUUAUGGCGCUUCUGUGGAUGAGAGAGCCUCCACCAUCGAGUGAAAAAGAAAAAGGAUCUCCCAAAAAGGAGAUUUUCUAUCCAUUCCUUCCAGUGGAGCCUCGCAUUUUAAGAAGAAUUUUCCACUCAGGUCUGUUUUUGGAGGUGGCACUCAAGACUGUGUGAAUCAAAUUUGUCUCUUUAGAACAUUGCAAUAGAAAUUCAAUGAACAUGACUACUUGCACGUAUUUAACUAGCAUCAUACUAGAACUGAAUUUUGUCUUUAUUAUUUUUAAAGGAAAGUUUUGUAAAUUUCUCUAUUGUCUCAGUUUACAUUUUGUACAUUUGUAUUUAAAUGAAAGUCAGACUUUGGAGGUGUAUAUUUUCCAAGCAGCAGCUGUAAAGCCAUGUGUUUUAAGACAUUUUUUUAAGAGAAAAAAACAAAACACAACAAUGUGACUCAAGACUUCCAGAGCCUCAAACGAGAAAUCAUUCUUUUUAGUAAUUCUAGAGAAUUCUUCAUAAAUCAUUUUAUCAGACUGGGGUUUAUUGACACGCAUUUGUAUGGAACAGUUUAUGCUUAAUUAUUUUACAUCUGUAUAUUUGGUUUACAGCAACACUGCAUCAAACAUUUCUCCUCUUCAUUAGUUUGUAACAUCUCGCAUUAAAUGCUAAAAGACAAGA